AUGGCAAGCAAGCAGCUUUGCUGCAGGGUUGUCCUUCGAACUGAAGCCUUGCAGUCUUACGUCCUGCGCAGCUGCAUAGAGCUCCGAAGCCGAAGGCGACUGCAGGCCUACUGUAACUUACACGUCUUCUCUGGAGCAUAUCAUGACGGCCGGCAUGGUUGCAAGAGCCGCGUCCUGAACUUUCCGCAUCGUUGUGCACCCAAGUUCUGGAGGCUUGCGCAGAUGAUUGCGAACUCACGACAGAAAACGCUCGUGCUGGUAUCCAGAGGCACGGGAUAUCGAGCAGCCAUUGACGUAUUGCGCCAAGCAGCAUCUCGAGCGUUUCCCCCGUUUGAGGUAGCAUCAACAGAGAAGCUUGCAGAGUUUAAUUCUGCAGCGAAUCUCAGAGGUGAGCUUUUCCCUUGCAUGGUUGCUGAUUCCAGCCAAUGUGGCGAAGGCGUCUCAUUUCGAACAGUCCGGCAGCUUUUCCUGCUUGACGUGCCCCCGACCCCAACAUCACUGGUGCAGAUUUGUGGGCGCGCAAGUCGGAUGUUGGGACAUGAAGAGCUGCCCCCGAAAGAGCGGACUGUGCGGGUGCAAAUCUUUAUCGCAACAUUGCCAGAGUGGGCAAGGCAGCCCUUGGGUCACUGGUGUUUACUCGCUGCAGCCCGAAAGGGUCGGACUGGAUGCAGCUUUGAGAGGCGCGCCCGCGCGUUGUUUUCACCACUUGUCGACAAGGUGGGUGACCUCAGGAAGCUGAAGGGAAGGCUGGUCCAAAUCUGCAAGAAGAAGGCUUCCCAGUUGCAGCCGCGCAGCCUCGAGGAGCCUGCGCACUUAACCGCUUCAAUGUUUGACGGUGGUUUUUGGGCGUACAAGGGCUUGAAACGUGUGGUGACUUUGGUGCCAAUGACUGUCAUGGCGAAGAUGCUGGGACUCGCCUUGCUGGCAGCUGCCCUUUCCUGUGUCAUGUCAACAGACAUGGACACUGCCCUGGCUGCCGAUGCUGAGUGUGGCCCUGGCGAGGAAUGCGCCCUCAAUGCCUUGCAGCAAAAGGCAGUGGUUGCGCAGUUGCAGUCAGAGGACUCUGUGGAGAAGUUUGCUGCAGCCCUGGAGGAAGGCGAUGAGGAAGCAGAGGCCGAGGCACAGAGCUUAGCUCAGAAGAAUUCGGACGAGUGGGCUCCACCCCCUCCACAGCCUCAGCCUGGCUACAACCCGUACUGGAACAGCAACCCGUACGGCGGCUCUCCGAGGCUUGCCGAGAAUCUCCUUGCCAGCAAGUUCUGUGAAGAGUUCUUUUGUAUCACCAGCUCGGAGGGAGAUCACCCAUCCUCCCGCCUCUACUGA